AUGCAGUCAGACGAUCCACCGUUUUUAGAUGUUGGCACAGAAGUUAGCGCCAAAUUUAAAGGUGCAUUUUGUGAGGCAAAAAUAAAACGUAUUACUAAAUCAGUUAGAUGUAAGGUCUUGUUGAAAACGCCUCCAUUUGGUACUAUAUUCGCUGAUCAUACCGAAAUAACAGGUCCUUUGGAAUUAAAUGAACGAGUAGAAGUUACUCAAGGAAAAAUGAUGUGCAAAGGCAUAAUACAGAAUAUAAAAGAUAACAGUGUUUAUAUUGUUGUUUUUAAUGAUGGCGAUGAACGACAACUGCGACGUACACAGAUUCGUAUCAAGGGGGGAAAACAUUAUGAAGAAGGUGUAAGUUUAGAUUCUAUGCCGCUGUGGAAACCAGAAACAUUCACUGACCCGGUAGUGCUUGAACACCGAAAACGCAAGCAAAAGAGUGGAGAAGGUGAAUUUGAACGAGUUGCUCUUCGAUCAUCUUGUCUCUCCAUUCUCUCGACUAUAUUCAAGUCAAGGCAACAAUGGGAACGAUUUAAACGGAAACAGCAACAACAACAGCCAGUAACGACGACAAGCUCUGAUGCUGCUACUGUUGCUGUUGAUGAUGACUAUGAUUAUGAUGAUGAUAAGGAUGACCAAGAGUAUAAAUAUGAUGAUGACGAUGACGUUGAUGAUGUCACAUCCAACGAUGAUUCCACGCUUGAGAAUACUUCUACCAUGUUAUCUGUGAGCAGUAAUUGUACAGUUGAUCGUCUCAAAACUUCAACCAGUUCUUUGUAUUCUUCACGCACGCUCCGUAAUCGUCCUGUAACAAAUAAGUCAACUCGUCAGCGUACGCGCAUCGUAUACACAGUUUGUUCAACACAUAGACCAAAUGAUUUUGAUCAACAAGAUACCGAUAUUGGUAGCGAUACUGGAGAUAAUAAUGAUGGUGAUGAUGAUAGCAGCAGCGAGGACGCCUUAAAUUUACAACACUUUAAGCAGUCAUCGAAGCCAACUAAUUCACGCAUGAAUGCCGACCACGUUUAUAAAAAAUCAGUUGCACGAACACGUGAGAAGCGUUACGCUGCGGAGGUUGCUACGGAUGCGUUGAAACGUAUUAAUGAUUCAAGUAGCAGUGAUGAUAAGUGUGGGUUGGGAGAUGACGGUAUUGAUAAUAAUAAUAAGGAAGAUGAAAGUGAUGAAAUUUUUGAUGAUGGUUGUUACGGUGAUAUUAAUUGUGGUGGUGGUGGUUAUAAUAAUGAUAAUGAGGGUGGCGGUGCACAUAAAAUCAGGGGAAGAACAUAUGCCAGAAAAAAGCAUUGCAGUACUGAUGAUGAUAAUGAUGAUGAUGAUAAUGAUGAUAGAUGCUAUGCAAGUUAUGAAGGGAUGGAUGUAGAAAGUGGUAGUAACACAGGUCGUAGAGGUGAACGAAGACGACGAUUGGAUGAGGAAGAAUCAGGGCCCUCAAAAAAACGGUCGAAACAUUUUGAUGAUAUAAAGAAGAUUCAUAAAGUUGGCAGUGUUGUGGCUGUGUAUGAAGAUACACUGCGUAAAGGUAAAUGGACACCAGCAGUUGUUGUUGCAAAAGCAGCAUUCAAAAGUGGUGCGAAAAGUGCUGUAAGUAUGGGCAAAAAAGACGUUUUGUUGAAAAGUUUCAAAGAUGGAAAAUAUUUUAUUUCUUCGAUGAAUAAAUUAUCUUCCUUCAAUGCUUCGGCUCUCAAGUUGCCUGAUCCAUCAUCUAAAGUAGCUCUUGAGCGAGCUGUUGCAUUUGCUGAAAAAGAGAUUUAUCCAUCAGGUUGGGACAGAAUGCAAAUUUAUGAUGACAUACGGUCUGGAAAAAGUGAAAUAAGUUCAUCUUCAAAUGAAAUCGGAAAACAUUCCAAACCAUCAGGAAAAAUGAAGCGGAAAAAAGCAAAAGGUUCUGAUCGCAGUAGUUCUUCGGAAGAGGAAAGUAGUAGUGAUGAAGAAUAUGGUGAAGAAAGAGAUCAAUUCAUUGCUCAGUUAUAUAAAUUUCAUGAGGAAAGAGGCACUCCAAUAAAUCGGGCUCCAAUACUUGGAGGGAAAGACAUCGAUAUGUUUCGGUUAUAUAAUGUAGUUCAGCGAUUUGGAGGUAAAAAGCGAGUGACUGAGAACAAUCAGUGGAAAUUAGUUCUGCGAAAAAUGCAUUUGGAAGGAUGUCCUGGGGCAACUUCAGUUACUGUCAAAAAUGCCUAUUCAAGAUAUUUGGAUCAUUUCAAUUCAUUCUUUCGGAAUUUGGGUAUAUCAAGUUGGCUCACCACUCCAACAUCAUCCAUUUCCAGUCGCAGUGGACGCCCAAGUCGUUUAUUGGACCGUCAUAAUGCACAAAGAAAAUGGAGUCUAUCUGUAACCAAAAAAAAAGAAAAAGAAGUUUCGAAAGGGAAAGCAUCGAAAAGAGAAAAAGAAGAUAGUUUAUAUCGAGGAAGAAAAGGAAAGGCUAAGAAGGUAGGGUCAGUUCGGAAAUAUGACAUGAGUGAAGAUGAUGAUAAAGUCAAAACUACGCUGUACUCUUCAUCAAAUAGUUCAACAUCAUUGCCUUCUUCGCCACCAGUGAGCAAAAUGAGAUCAAAAACAAAUAAUGGAGAUAGUCAAGAUAAAGAAAGCUUGAGUGACAGUGCAACAAUCGAAAGUGCUAAGGAAAAGGAAUCUUAUAAAAUCAAUAAAUCAGAAAAGAAGGGUUUUGAAGAGAGACGGAAGAAGCGAAAUUCCCCUAGCACUUUAUCUACUUCUUCAAAUGUUGAUCAUGGACUCAGCAGGAGCGAUGAUGAAGAGCUCUACGAAAAAGAAUGCUUAAAAGAAACUCGAAAGUAUUCCGAAGGAGGUAGUUGUCCUGUCAACCAGAAAGAGCUGGUGACAGUCAGAGGUGAAAAGAGCUCUCUAGCGAAAGAUUCGGAUUAUCCUCAUGUAUCUAAGAAAGAAAAGAGUAGAGAAGCAAUAGUUACAUGGGUCAGUUGCUGUUCAGCCACCGUCUUGACGAGUUUCUAUAUGGGGCAAAAUGUAAAGGCAUAUCAUUGUGGGCAGUGGUACGAUGCACGAGUGAUUACACUCGGCAAAGUUUUCCACAAUGAUGUGUUGUUAUCAAUGAUGGAUUUUGAAGCCAGAUGCAAGGCUAUUAGUGAAUCAACAGACUUUGAAGAAAAUGACCGGAAAGGAGCAUUGGCAUCAGCAUCAGAAAGAUUGAAUGGUCGAUUGGAAAGAAUCAUGCGUGAUAUGACAUGUUGUGUUCAUUAUCUUGGAUGGAAUUCUCGUUAUGACGAAUGGGUCGAAUUAAUUAAAAUUAAAGUUCAUAAGAAAGAUCAAAAUGUAUCAGAAAAUCAGUUCAUUUCAAUGGCAUCGGGUAAAUUGAGUAAAGCAACCAUCGAAGCAGCCGUAGCAUGGCGCUCUGCGGUCGAUCCGGUAAAGUAUUUAGCUAACGAGGCCAGCAGUAGUGGAUUGCGGCCUCGGAGAUUAUCACAUUCACACGAACACGCUACACAGUCGGAAGCUCGUUCAAAAUCCACUACAUUUUCUGAAAAAAAAGUCAAAAAGCAAAAAUUUCUGUCAACAGCCUCAGCUGAACCAGCUAUAAUUAAAAUACCUGACAGUUCUGUAAUUUCGAGCGCUUCAUAUUAUGACAGCUGUAAUUUAGUUGAGUCAAAUGCAGAGAUUUCGCUAAGUCGCUCACCAGAGGAGGCUUCAGUUUCUGAAGUACCAUUAAAAUUUUCACUCGUUAGGGAAACUGUAUCAAUUCGCAUACUUCUUGGUAAUAAGCCAGAAGUUGGCUCUGAAGCACAAAUGACUGUUCUUGAAGUAAAGUCAAGUGGAGAGAGCCGUGGAGCAGUUUCUGAUUCUGGUCUCAUUGCCGAGACCAUGUCAAGUGAAACAUCAUUAAACGUUAAAGCUACAGUUCUUGAAACUGAAAUGUCUGAUAAUGCUGGACCUAGUUAUGCAUCUCCGGUUAGUGAGAUGUCUGGAAGUAAAAAAGUUGAUUACGAAGAGGUGACAGGUUUCGAAAUUGAGUGUAGAGCAUCAGCUGUCGAAACAGUCCACAGCGUUGAUGUGCCUUGUAGCAGUAAGAUGGUGACAUUCGAAACAUUCGAAGCAGAAAAACGGAAAAAACAUCAGGAUGAGAGUGUUGAUAGUUUAACAAAGUUAUCGGACAAGGAUGAAAUUAAUUUGGAACCAGAUAUGAACAAUGAACGGAAAGAAAUAAUAACGACACAGUCGUCUAUGGAAGAUUCAGGAAAGGUGGACGAUAAGAGUGUCUUGCUCAGACCGGAAGCACCUUCAAAGGAAUGUGAUAAAGAGGCCUGGCAGCUACCAAUGCCUUCGGGAAUAAGGCAACGAGGUCGUGGAAUGAAAAAGAGAAAGGCUGGUAGAGGUACGUAUGGAAUGGCGAGAGGUGCCGGAAAAGGGUCGAAGAAAGGGAAUAGCGAGGAACAAAGCAAAGGAAGUGAAGAAUGUUCGUCGAGUGAAGACGAAUGUCUACUGAAUGUGAGAGACAGCUGGCACGCCUUAAAACAACGAAUGUCACAGAAAGUAGACUCAGAAGGACUUAUGGCAUAUGCUGAAAGAGAAUUAAACUUAGAACCAAUUGAUGAUAAUUUACCUGGUGAUGUGUUGAUUGCGAAACAUCAAGAGCGUAUGCAGCAAUUAAGGGACAUCUAUCACAAUAUACGUUUGGAACAGGCACGUUUGGAUCGUAGAUGGAAAAAAACAUUGGAAAAAAGAAAACAGCGUGAAAAGGAACGCAAGAAAAAAGACGAGCAUUCAGUUCAGUCACCACCAGAUGAUGUACAAAAUUACUAG